AAAAUCCGCAUAGCCGCCUCGGCCAUUCAAAUACCUCCUGAAAGGCUUAGAUGUUCCAAAGCCAAAUCAACAGAGAAAGAAAGAGAAAGGUGAAUAUGACUCGGUCUAACGCCGAAGACGGAGCAGUAUCCACCGCAGUGGCAGAGCCUCCUCUGAACAACGAAAUGAUGUUUCAUAGGAGCAUGAGCACGAGCAGCUGUUUGUUCACGGAAGACGAGGAUAUGACUCGUACAGUGCUUUCAGAAUUUAAAGCUAAAGAGAGUGAGAUCGAGAGGAGAAAGAUGGAGAUUCGUGAACGGGUCCAGGCUCAACUAGAUAGGGUUGAAGAAGAAACCCGACGCCUCGCCACAAUACGCGAGGAGCUUGAAUCUCUUGCCGAUCCCACGAGGAAGGAAGUUUUGAUGAUUCGUAAGAAGAUUGAUAGCGUUUACAAAGAGCUCAGACCAUUAAGCUACUCUGUUCAAAAGAAGCAAAGGGAAUACAAAGAAGCAGUUGAUGCAUUCAACGAGAAGAAUUUGGAGAAAGUUCAGCUGAUCACCAAACUCAUGGAGUUGGCUGGAGAAAGCGAGAAUCUGAGGUUGAAGAAGCUUGAAGACUUGAGCAAGAGCAUUUAGUGAAUGUCUCAAAAACAUAGAUGACAAAGAUCAGUUACGAACUUAUUGGGUUUGGAUUUUUGUUCAUUUUGUGAAUUAUGAUGUAUCUUCUUGUAAAAUGUGAAAUUUAUGGGUGUUUUUCUUUGUUUUUAAUUUACAUAAAUCCUGUUUUGCAUAUAAAAAAGCUGCCACUCUUACAAAAAAGUAUAUAUAGAUAAUACCCUUUUCA